AAAAAAUGCAGACAAUACAGUUUGGACUACUUGAAGUUCGGAUUCAUUGCAUCUCCAUCAAAUCAACACUUGCCGAUGUGUCUCAUAUGUGAAAAAGUAUUCAGAAACGAUGCCAUGAAGCCUUCAAAAAUGGAUGACCACUUACCAAGAGCACAUGCUGACAAAAAAAGUAAGCCCUUGUCAUUUUUUCAAGCACUUAAAGAAAAACUAGACAAAAGGCCAUCCAUAAGAUCGAUGUUUGCGUCAUCAUCUAUUAAAGACGAUGAUGGUUUACGAGAGUCCUAUAAUAUAUCUUUACUAAUAGCGAAGUCGGGGAAACCCCAAACAAUCGGAGAGCAGCUUAUCUUACCAGCCAUUGCGGAGGUCCUUAACAAUGUAUUGCACAAACCCGCACAUGAUAUUUUAAAGAGAAUACCUUUGAGCAAUAACACCGUUCAGAGACGCAUACGCGAGAUGGGACGCGAUGUGGAAAACAUUUUAUGCAAGUUCUUACAGACCAACUCUCUCCAGUUGGACGAGUCUACAUUACCCGGCAAUGAAGCUCUGUUGUUAGGAUAUGUUCGAUUUAUCAAAGAUGAAAAUAUGUGCCAAGAACUGCUUUUUUCUACAUAUUUAGAGACUGAUACCAGAGGAGAAUCGAUUUUUCAGGCCGUGGAACAUUUUUUUACUGACGAAGCUAUUCCAUGGAUGAACAUUGUUUCUGUUGCGACUGAUGGUGCACCGUCUAUGGUUGGUCGUCAUCGUGGUUUUAUAGCUCACUUAAAGCGACAACUGCCUGAUGAUUUUACGGAGAGGUUUGAGGAUCUUUUAAAUUUACAAAUUCCUCAAUGGAUAAUAAAUCCGUACAAUACCACAGCCAUUGAAGAAGCCAAUGUGAUAAUGCAAGAAGAGUUGAUUACCAUCAGCACAGACGAAGAGCUUAAGCAGAAGUUCAACCAAGGCUAUCAGAAGUUCUGGUUGCAACGCAACAUUGAAACACAGUAUUCUACACAGUAUCCAUCACACUAA